UUCUCCUUCGGUUGGAUGAAGAAGGGCAAGCUGAGCUCCUUCGAAUCAAACGACGAGACAAAAGAUGGGAAAACUGGAUUGUACGACAGAAUCAACGCGUUGAAGAAGGCUAAUCCCAAGUUGAAGACUCUUCUGGCUAUCGGUGGUUGGUCUUUCGGAACACAGAAGUUCAAGGAGAUGUCCGCGACCCGGUACACUAGGCAGACCUUCAUCUACUCCUCCAUUCCUUACCUGAGGGACAGAAACUUCGACGGAUUGGACAUUGAUUGGGAGUACCCUAAGGGCGGAGAGGAUAAGAAAAACUUCGUACUGUUACUUAAAGAGCUCCGCGAAGCGUUCGAAGCAGAAGCGCAAGAAGUUAAGAAGCCGCGUCUACUCCUCACCGCUGCAGUCCCCGUGGGACCAGACAACAUCAAGAGUGGAUACGAUGUCCCUGCGGUUGCUAGCUAUCUCGACUUCAUAAACGUCAUGGCAUACGAUUUCCACGGAAAAUGGGAAAGAGAAACCGGUCACAACGCUCCCCUCUAUGCGCCCUCCACAGACUCCGAGUAUAGGAAACAGCUCUCCGUGGAUCACGCUGCUCAUCUGUGGGUCAAACUUGGAGCGCCCAAAGAUAAACUUAUUAUUGGUAUGCCAACCUAUGGACGAACCUUUACCCUGUCAAACAUGAACAACUUUAAAGUGAAUUCCCCAGCCAGCGGGGGUGGCAAGGCCGGAGAGUACACAAAGGAGGCCGGUUUCCUUGCGUAUUACGAGGUGUGUGAUAUACUGAAAAACGGGGGAGCCUACGUUUGGGAUGACGAGAUGAAGGUACCCUAUGCAGUCCACGGUGACCAGUGGGUCGGCUUCGACGAUGAGAAAUCCAUAAGGAACAAAAUGAGGUGGAUCAAAGACAAUGGAUUCGGUGGUGCUAUGAUUUGGACAGUAGACAUGGAUGACUUUACCGGGACAGCGUGUGGAGGGGAUGUCAAAUAUCCUCUUAUUGGAGCUAUGAGGGAAGAACUGCGUGGUAUAUCCCGUGGUAAAGACGCCAAGGACGUGGACUGGGCGACAGUAGCUGGAACUAUUGUCUUUGAGGAGCCCGAGAAACCCGAGCCCAUCAAGAUAAGCCUGUCAGACGUGCUCAGCAAGGUCAAGAAACCGACCAAGAUCAACCGUAUCAUAAAGAACAACGCUUUGGCUGUAUCCGACAAAUCGAGACGCGACCCAUACAUCCUCUGCUACCUGACGUCCUGGUCAGCGAAGAGGCCCAGCGCUGGGAGGUUCACACCUGAGAACAUUGACCCAACACUCUGCACUCACGUCAUAUACGCCUUCGCCACUUUAAAAGACCACAAGCUCGCUGAGGGUGACGAGAAGGAUGCCGAUAUGUAUGACAAGGUCGUCGCUUUGAGAGAGAAGAACCCCAACUUGAAGGUUCUUCUGGCUAUCGGCGGUUGGGCGUUCGGCUCCACUCCCUUCAAGGAGCUGACAUCCAACGUGUUCCGUAUGAACCAGUUUGUGUACGAAGCCAUCGAGUUCCUCAGGGACUACCAGUUCAACGGUCUUGACAUCGAUUGGGAGUACCCACGUGGGGCCGACGACCGAGCUGCAUUCGUCUCUCUUCUAAAGGAAUUGCGGCUAGCCUUCGAGGGUGAAGCCAAAUCAUCUGGACAGCCCCGACUUCUGCUCUCCGCUGCUGUGCCAGCCUCAUUUGAAGCCAUCGCUGCGGGUUACGAUGUUCCUGAAAUAUCUAAGUAUUUGGACUACAUAAACGUGAUGACGUACGACUUCCACGGACAAUGGGAGCGCCAGGUCGGGCACAACAGCCCCCUGUUCCCCCUCGAGAGUGCGACCAGCUAUCAGAAAAAACUCACCGUGGACUACUCGGCACGCGAAUGGGUCCGCCAAGGUGCUCCCAAAGAAAAACUGAUGAUAGGUAUGCCAACCUACGGACGGUCGUUCACUCUGAUAAACGAGACGCAAUUCGACAUAGGUGCUCCUGCAUCUGGCGGUGGUCUAGCUGGAAAGUUCACAAAUGAAGCCGGUUUCAUGUCGUACUACGAGAUCUGCGAUUUCCUGAGGGAAGAUAACACCACGCUCGUGUGGGAUAACGAACAGAUGGUGCCGUUUGCGUACAGGGACGACCAGUGGGUCGGAUUUGACGAUGAGAGAUCGCUGAAGACUAAGAUGGCUUGGCUCAAAGAGGAAGGCUUCGGAGGUAUCAUGGUGUGGUCCAUCGACAUGGAUGACUUCAGAGGCUCGUGUGGUACCGGCAAAUACCCUCUCAUCACUGCCAUGAAGCAAGAACUUGGUGAUUUCAAAGUCAAGCUGGAGUAUGAUGGACCAUAUGAAUCUUCGAACCCCAAUGGCCAAUAUACUACUAAAGAUCCCAACGAAGUCAGCUGCGAAGAAGAAGACGGCCACAUUUCCUACCAUCCUGACAAAGCGGACUGCACCAUGUACUACAUGUGCGAAGGGGAGAGGAAGCACCACAUGCCCUGCCCACAGAACCUGGUGUUCAACUACAAUGAGAACGUCUGCGACUGGCCGGAAAACGUUGAAGGUUGUCAGCACCACACUCAGGCACCUGCAGCUAGGAGAUAAGGUUAAGUUAGGCUAGUAUCUAGUAUCUAAUCCUCCCAUGAUAUUUGAUUCA